ACACCUCCCUUCCGCUUCCGGUCCGGAUCCGCAGCGAAAGUGCGGCCGUGGGAAGCGUUUCCGGGACAACGGGCGUCCGCGGUGACCGAGGCGGCGGCGAUGGGGGCGCACUUGGUGCGGCGCUACCUGGGCGACGCGGAGAUAGAGCCCGACCCUCUGCGCAUGCCCAGCUUCGACCCGCUCUACGGCCUGCCCGAGCGCCGCGAGCGCGUGAUGGUGGCGACGCAGGAGCAGAUGGACGCGGCGCGGCUGCCGCUGGAGCAGCGCGACUACUGCGCGCACCACCUGCUGCGGCUCAUGAAGUGCAGGCGCGACUACUUCCCCAACCUGCUCGCCUGCCGGGCCCAGCGCCACGACUGGGACUACUGCGAGCACCUCGACUACGUGAUGCGCAUGAAGGAGUUUGAGCGUGAGCGCCGCCUGCUGGCCCGGAGGAAGCGGCUCCGGGAGAAGGCACAAAAGGAGGCCAUGGCUGCAUAGGCCCCCCACAAUGUCUAUUGUAUUUAAUGGAAUAAACAUCUGCUUCCCUG